AUGGUUGCCGAUACCAAGUUCUACGACGUCCUGGGCGUGUCGCCUGACGUGUCUGAGGGCGAUCUCCGCCGCGCGUACCGUCGCCUGGCCCUCCAGUACCACCCGGACAAGAACCCCAACUCCGAGGACAAGUUCAAGGAGAUCACCGCCGCGUAUGAGGUCCUCUCGGACCCGGAGAAGCGCGAGGUGUACGACCGCUACGGUCUCAAGGGCCUCGAGGGCGGCCCCGGCGGCCCGGGCGUCGACGUGUCGGACAUCUUCUCGCAGAUGUUCGGUUUCAGCGCCGGCGGCGGUGGCCCGGCGGCCGAGCGCCGCGGCAAGAGCAUCCAGCACCGCCUGCGCGUGACUCUGACCGACCUGUACAAGGGCAAGACCAGCCGCCUGUCCCUGCGCCGGAGUGUCCUGUGUGGCGGUUGCGCCGGGUCCGGCUCCAAGAGCGGCCAGUCGUACAAGUGCCACACUUGCAAUGGGCGCUGCUUUGUCACCAAGCUGCACCCCAUCGGCCCGGGCAUGAUGCAGCAGAUCCAGAUGGAGUGCACCGCUUGCAUGGGGUCCGGCUUCACGGUGCCGGCCGCCGACCGGUGCCCCGAGUGUGAUGCCAAGCGCGUCAAGACCGAGCCCAAGACCCUGGAGGUGCACAUCGAGCCCGGCAUGCAGGACGAGCAGCGCAUCACCUUCCGCGGCGAGGCCGACCAGGCCCCCGGGGUCCUGCCCGGCGAUGUGGUCAUCAUCCUGGACCAGGCCGAGCAUCCGGUUUUCAAGCGCAAGGGCUCGGACCUGAUCAUGAACCUGUCCAUUCCCCUGUCCGUGGCCCUGACCGGUGGCGAGGUGGAGAUCAAGCACCUGGACGACCAUGGGCUCUUCCUGUCCUUCCCGGCCGGGCAGAUUGUCCGCCCUGGCGAUGUGAAGCUUGUCCCGGAUGAGGGCAUGCCCACGCAUGGCCGCUCGCAUGGCCGCGGUAACCUCAUUGUCUUCCUGUCGGUGGACUUCCCCCCGCCCACUUGGUACAACCCCCAGACGGCGGAGAAGCUGCGUGCCCUGCUCCCGGCCCCGGCCAAGGUCGACCACAACAAGCCGAACUUCUACUCCGUCAACUCCGAGGACAUCGACAUCGACAACUACCACUUCACCCAGCCCGGCACCAGCAGCGCCGCCCACGACGACGACGAUGACCAUGGCGGCCGCCAUGGCGCCGUCCCGGGCUGCCACCAGUCGUAA